CACAGCAGACCAACGCCGCCAUCUUGUGGGUCCACUCGUGUAGUACGUUUAAGGAAAACAAUAGCAGUGCAGUCGCUACGGAAGGAAAUUAACCUCCUAAAUCCCUUUAAAUUGGACACGUUAAACAGGUGGCAAAACGGAUCUGGUAGAAUAAUAUCACCGGUUGAACAUUUUUAACGUUUUUACUAUCUGUUUUUCUGCAACCGCUGAGUUCCGGUCAUAGACUACGACCGAGAUGUGUCCGAGAUGAAUUGUUUAUAUGCAGCCUUCAGGAAGCAUAACGUUACUGUGCACUGCAGCGAGAGCGGAUAUAGCCUACCUAACGUUAGACUUACUAAUAAUAACCAAUAAUAAUAAUAACCAACGGUAUCGGUUUGCUCAACCCAACAUGUUUGUCUGAGUGAGGGUUGUUUUGCAUUCUGGCGCAGUCUGUUUCGAUACAGCUAGUGCGAACAAAAUGGAGGGUAAUAAGUUGCUGUUAAGUUGCCCGAUGUAACGUUAUAUGGACCAGUGCAGUUUAGACUGCGUGAGUUAAUCAGCUGGUUUCUAAAUAUUUUUGUUGGACAGAGAGAGAGUAACGGACAGAUUAAGAAAUAACGUUAGAGUAAAAUCACUCCAUUAAGACGGCUUUACUUUCAAAAUAGAAGCGCAAUGGGUAACACAACUGUAACGUUAUUGAUUAUGUGCACAGUAAAAACAAGAUUUAUUGUUAUGUGAAAUCUCUUACCUACAGAUACUAAAUAAAUAGAAUAGCCUAUUAAAAGAUAACACAAAAUGAGCGACUGUAGGGAUACAGCAAGCUUCCCCGGCUCAUCCAGCCUCAGCAGCGGGACCGGGCUGAGUUUAGCCGCGGACAGAGCACUCCCUGGGCGGGUCAGGAGUGUGUCCUCCCCCACUCCUCCUGGAAGACUGACGUCCCUCAGAACCAGGGACCUGACACUGGGGGGAGUCUUCAAAAAAUCAAAGAAAACUUUUGAGCCAAAUGUCCAUGCUGUGAGGAAAAGCAAAGAUGAGUUAAAGGAAGAGAUCCGUGUGACUCCAAAAAAGGAGAGAAGAGAGAGGGAUGAGAGGAGGAGAGAGAACAGAGGGAGGAGGAGAGAGAGGCCUCAGACUAUCCAGUCUCACUCCAUCUUUGAGCAGGGUCCUGCCGACACCGUACGCAAAACAGGCUUGCGUGGUGCUAUAGACCUGCAUGACUCCACCACCUCUCCUGUCUGUAAACUGGUGAAGAAAGAAAGGAAAGACUCGGAGGAGGAUGAAGAUGAGAUACUCAGUAAACUACAGAGAGAUGAUUUCAUAGAUGAUCCCGGGCUGAGGAAUGAUGACAAGCUGAAACCCAUCCAGCUGCCUCUGUGUCAGUCCAGUAGCUUCAAUAAGAGACGAACACUGCCAACCACCACAACAUGUGCAGAGAACCCUCCUCUGUUCAGACCUCCGUCCUGUAGGCCUCAGAGUAGAGCAGGCCUCAGCAGAACAGAGGUGCCCAAAUCAGAGCCGCCAUCUUUGGUAGAACUGCUGCAGGAUAUCAGCCUGUCUGGCAGAGAGGAGCUCUUCUUCAUGCAGUUACCUGACAGUAUGCCGGGCAGAGCGUCUGGACAGAAGGUUGACCCCCCUCAAGGAUCUACAGCAGAGAAACCUACCAAGAAGGAAGGCAAGCCUGAAGACAAGAGGCCUUCACAUCUACAAGCACAAGAGGCUGCGGUGAAGGAGGGCUGCCCGGUACUUUCCCAACUCCCAGAAGGAUUUUUGGGUAAACUGCAGAUCAGGAAGUCAGGAAAGGUGGAGCUGAAGCUGGGUCACAUUGUCCUGGACGUCUCUGAGGGCGCUGCGUUCUCCUUCCUGCAGGUAGAGCAACUGGUGUCUGUGCGUCUGUCUGAUGGCCGAACUGGAGACAUGAUGGUGUUAGGCAACGUCCACCACAAACUGGUCUUAUCUCCUGACUUCCAGGCUUUACUGAGACAAGCUGCACCGCAGCAGGGACAAGGACCCUGAUCAUCUCUCAGCCACUCACAGAAAGCCAACCCAGCUGAGAGGCACAGACCUUUAUUUUCAUUUGUUUGAAUUGUGUGGGUUUUUUACCCCACCAAGUGAUCACUGUGGAGGAAAUGUAUAUUCUCCAUACCUCUCCUCUGAGGUUUUAAGGCAGCUAUGUAGGUUACCCUCAGUAACCUGUUUUCUUUGAUAAUUUUUAUGCUAUGGUUUAGUUUUGUAAAUUUUGAACAUCCACGUGUUAGAUUUUUUGAGAGGUGCAGCGUGAUUUACUCUUCUGCGUCAAAUCUACGGUGUGGCUACGUACGCAGGUACAUGGAGAGACGACCCUCGUUGGACCCUACGCCGUAGAUUUGACGCAGAAGAAUAAAUCAAGCUUAAGACUGACUGAACAACAGCAAAACACCCCCCCAGCUAUGACGCCCAGAGAAAGAUCAAGGACGACCUUCACAUCCGACAUCAGGGACCAUCUUUGAACAGAGACAGGCUGAAGUUCUAGUCAUUGGUCUGACUGUGUUUUUAACUUACAGAUGCUUUGAUAACUCCAUUUUCAUAACUGUGCUUCUUUAUUAAUCCCUCUAGACCGGUUUCUCACCAUGUGUGUAAUGUUUUGGGUUCAGUAGACAAAAUGGUGCAAAGCAAAUGUACCUUCUUAGACUGCUUAAAGGCAGGGUUGGUAAUGUUGAAAGUAGCAUCCCCUGCUGCGUGCCGUGUCCGUUUAUAUUUGGGCUCCCAUGGUAACAGGUUAGAGCUUACACACUGCCUGCGUGACACGCACGCUCGAGCUGCGCCCAAGACGCGUGCCUGCUAGAAAUAGGA